AUGGCCACAAAUGUGCUAUUGUCAGCUGCAGCAAUGAUGCCCUUGUCAAGAGCAAGGUUUGCCACCUUGUGGAGCACAAAGCGGUUGAGAGUACACACCAACUUUGAGGGCAAAGCCAUUUCCAACUUCAGCAGCGUCUUCAAUUCUAUUGCACAGGAUGUGCCAUUGGAUGAACUCAUCGAUGAUGCCCCUCUUGAGGAGGAUUUCACACUCGCUGUAGAUGCUGAUGGGAAUGUACAAGCUGCUGUAGCACAGGACAGUCCUGCUGUCAGUAGCCAUAAGCUCCGCGCACAAUUUGGGCGCCGGCGCAUGCAUAAUGAACAGCUGAUCGUUGCCCCAUGUGGGAUGAUACUUGCAAGGGAGACAUUUUAUGGAGCGGAAGGUGUUGGAAGUGUCGUGAAAAUGAUUAAACAUGUAUUCCGUUCUGAUGACAUCAAGCCAAAGCACAUAUUCUACGACAAUAACUGCAUGCUCUCUAAGAUUGUCAAGGACGACGUGUACUUCAAAGACAUCGGCCUUUCCGUCAAUAUUUUCCACUUCAACUGCAAACAUGCGAUUACCGACCGGUGGUGCCAAGAAAACUGCAAUCCUGCAUCAUUUGAACAUCUCCUUGGAGAAGAUGGCGCUGGGUGGUACUUCAAUUCGUCAGUUGCAGAACAGACGAAUAUCUGGUUUGGGGGAUAUCAUGCCAUCUGUCGUGAGAUGAUAGUUCACAGGUAUAGAUUUUUUCUUGACGAGAUGGUCUUACAAAAGAAUAGGUUGACAAGGGCAAAGCUGGAAAAGGAGGGCAGAUGUCCUGCUAACUGGCCAUUAAGUGGAUUUUUCGCACUUGAUCUCAACCCCGCCAAGGUCAUUGCCCUCUAUCCUGAGUGCAUUGCCGGACGUCUUUCUGUUUCUCCAGAUAACUGGAUAUCACUCUUCGGGGGACCUGUAAACCAACAGUCACUUGCGCCACAGAACGAUGAUGCCAUAUCCACAAAGUCCCUGAAUGAAGGCAAUGAAAGCAAAGAAAAACUUUUGAAGAAAUCAGGGUCCUCUGCGAUGCCAGUCAGGGCUGCCGUUCAUCGUGGAACUGCCUUUGUGGCACUUUUAUCCUCCUCGAAGGACAAAGAUGAUGACGUAGUAUCUAUUAGUGGAAAGAAGAAGGUAAAGCAAGUAGAUGACUUUAGCCGGUCGGUGGAUGCUCUAUGGCAAUAUCUUACCAAUCGUCAUCCGAAAGUUGCAGGCGCGCUCACAGUGGUACAGAUUGCACCAGCUCAGUCUCACCAAUGGCCUUUCCUCUCUGAGAUGUCGACCAAAGAAUUAUUUGCACUGCCAAGCAUUCCUUUGCCUCUGUUGACUUCAGAGCAGCUUGUGCAGUUUGUGCAGAUUGUGGACACAGUGCUCUUCAAGUCUUAUCUUGUGACUCAGCCAGCCCUCCAUCCGAAUGUGGCAUUUACUAUUAUCUACCUCCUGAUUUUGGUGUUCGUGUUGACAGUACAACAUUUACGAUGGUUUCAGACAAUGUUUACUAAUAUGGCAUAA